CGCCUCCGCCUCUGUGUCCUCAACGAGAUCCUCAGCACCGAGCGGGACUACGUGGGGACCCUCCACUUCCUGCAGUCGGCAUUUCUUCACCGAAUCCGCCAGAAUGCUGUGGACAAAGCUGAGAAGUACAUAACUGAGGAGAAUGUUAAGAUCUUAUUUUCUAACAUUGAAGACAUUCUUGGUGUUCACCAGGAGUUCCUGGCUGCCCUGGAAUUUUGUUUACAACCAGAACCUCAGUCUCAGCAUGAACUGGGAAAUGUUUUCUUAAAAUUUAAAGACAAAUUCUUUGUGUACGAGGAGUAUUGCAGCAACCACGAGAAAGCACUCAGACUGCUGAUGGAAUUGAACAAGAUCCCAACAGUGAGAACAUUCCUCCUGGGUUGCAUGCUGUUGGGAGGCAGAAAGACUACAGACAUUCCACUAGAGGGUUAUCUGCUGACUCCGAUUCAGAGAAUUUGCAAAUAUCCACUUCUGCUUAAGGAAUUGGCUAAGAGGACUCCCUCUAAGCAUCCUGACCACCCAGCUGUCCAGAACGCAUUGCAGGCAAUGAAGACAGUGUGCACAAAUAUCAACGAGACCAAGAGACAGAUGGAGAAACUGGAAGCCCUUGAACAGUUGCAGUCCCACAUUGAAGGAUGGGAGGGGUCAAAUUUGACAGAUAUCUGCACACAGCUCCUGCUCCAAGGGACUUUGUUAAAAAUCUCAGCAGGAAAUAUCCAGGAAAGAAUGUUCUUUCUAUUUGAUAAUCUACUGGUGUAUUGCAAGAGGAAAUCCAGAGUUACUGGGAAAAAACCCUCUAAGAGGACAAAGUCAAUCAAUGGGUCCCUGUACAUCUUCAGGGGUCGCAUCAAUACAGAAGUCAUGGAGGUGGAGAAUGUGGAAGAUGGAACAGCAGAUUACCACAGCAACGGCUACACUGUGACAAAUGGCUGGAAGAUACACAACACAGCCAAAAACAAGUGGUUUGUCUGUAUGGCCAAGACCGCAGAGGACAAACAGAAAUGGCUGGAUGCUAUAAUCAAGGAAAGGGAGCAGAGAGAGAGCUUGAAACUGGGAAUGGAGAGGGAUGCCUAUGUCAUGAUUGCAGAGAAAGGAGAGAAGCUGUACCAAAUGAUGAUGAGCAAGAAAGUGAACCUUAUCAAGGACAGGAGGAGAAAAUUAAGUACUGUUCCCAAGUGCUUUCUUGGCAAUGAGUUUGUAUCAUGGCUCACAGAGAUUGGAGAGAUAAGCAAACCAGAGGAAGGAGUCAACCUGGGACAGGCACUAUUGGAAAAUGGAAUUAUUCAUCAUGUUUCAGAUAAGCACCAGUUUAAGAACGAGCAGGUGAUGUACAGAUUUCGCUAUGAUGAUGGAACCUACAAGCCAAGAAGUGAACUGGAAGACAUCAUGUCCAAGGGUGUGAGGUUGUAUUGCCGACUACACUGCCUGUAUACUCCAGUGGUAAAAGACCGUGACUACCACCUAAAGACCUACAAAUCAGUGAUCCCGGCAAGCAAACUUGUGGAUUGGCUUAUUGCACAGGGAGACUGUCAGACUCGGGAGGAAGCUGUCGCGCUGGGUGUUGGACUCUGCAAUAACGGCUUCAUGCAUCAUGUGCUGGAGAAAAGUGAAUUUAAGGAUGAAUCCUUAUAUUUCCGCUUUUAUGCUGAUGAGGAGAUGGAAGGCACCAGUUCCAAGAGCAAACAAUUACGUAAUGACUUCAAGCUUGUGGAAAACAUCCUGGGAAAGAGUCUUCUGAUUUUACCAGAAGAGGAUGACUAUGGAUUUGAUAUAGAAGAAAAGAACAAAGCAAUCAUGGUGAAGUCAGUUCGACGAGGCUCUUCUGCAGAGAUGGCUGGCCUGCAGGCAGGAAGAAAAAUCUAUUCCAUCAAUGAGGACUUAAUAUUCCUACGCCCAUUUUCAGAAGUGGAAACCAUCUUAAACCAGUCCUUCUGCUCACGAAGGCCACUUAGGCUUCUGGUAGCCACCAAAUCAAAAGAGAUUAUUAAAAUCCCAGAUUGUCCUGAAGCACUUUGCUUUCAGAUACGGGGAACAGCACCACCAUAUGUUCAUGCAGUAGGAAGAGGUUCUGAGGCUGCAGCUGUAGGCCUUCAUCCAGGGCAGUGUAUUUUGAAAGUCAAUGGGAAUAAUGCAAUGCAUGGAAAUUAUAUGGAAGUUCUGGAGCACUUUACAGCUUACAGGACCAGACAACAAGAAGCACUGGGAUUGUACCAGUGGGUGUACAGAACAUAUGAAGAUGCUGAGGAGGACAGAGUUCAGCAAGCAGCAUCCACUGCCUACCUGAAUGGCAGCCAUCCCGGCUCUGGCAAAGACUCAUCACUGGAAGGAGGUGCAGAAUUGGAUCCUGUUCCAAACAGUCAACAGGAAUCAGCCCAGACACCACAGACCAUCAGCUCCCCACUGAUCAUUGGUGAGGAAACGCCUCUUGUUAGCCUGACUGUGGAUAACACCCACCUGGAGCACGGAGUGGUGUACGAAUAUGUCAGCAGUGCAGGAAUCAAGUCCUUUGUCCUGGAGAAAAUUGUGGAACCAAAAGGUUGCUUCAAUCUUACUGCAAAGAUUUUAGAGGCCUUUGCUGCAGAGGACAAUCACUUUGUAAGGAAUUGCAAAAGACUCAUAUCCCUAAGCAGUGCAGUGGCCACCAUGCCCCAGUAUGAGUUCCGGCAAAUUUGUGACACUAAGCUGGAAAGCAUCAGCAGGAGGCUCACAAACUACCAAGAGUUUGCAGAUGAAUUGAAAACAAAGGUGAGCCCAGCCUUCAAACAAGCCAUCAUGGAACCACAUUCCCUCAACAGCAUGGAUUUCUGCCCUACCAACUGCCAUGUUAACCUCAUGGAGGUCUCAUAUCCCAAAAACACUACCUCAGCAGGGAGGUCGUUCAGCAUUCGCAUUGGACGAAAACCCUCUAUUAUUGGUCUUGAUCCAGAACAAGGUACCUUAAAUCCAGUCUCGUAUACACAACAUUGCAUCACCACUAUGGCUGCACCAUCCUGGAGAUGUCUGACCCCAGAAGAUGGAGAUCUUGAUGGCAGCUUUAGCCAGCAGAAUGGAGGAACAAUUCAGGAAGAAAGGGGACUCAGUUUUCUGCUGAAACAGGAAGAUCGGGAGAUACAGGAUUCCUACGUGCACCUUUUUAACAAACUUGACAUUGCAGUGAAGGAAAUGAAGCAGUAUGUCAUUCAGAUAAAUAAACUUCUGUCCACCAUAACAGAACCCACAGAAGGUGGUGCCUGUGAGCCACCAUCCACUGAGGAGACAUCUCUGGGAACAGAAGAGAGUGAUCCUGAGAAAGCUGAGCAUGGUGGAAUCAAGAAGGUCUGUUUCAAAGUUUCUGAGGAGGACCAGGAAGACUCUGGACAUGACACAAUGAGUUUCAGAGAUUCCUACAGUGAAUGUAACAGCAACCGGGACUCGGUGCUGUCAUACACCAGUGUGCGCAGUAACAGCUCUUACCUGGGCAGUGAUGAGAUGGGCUCAGGAGAUGAGCUUCCCAAUGAUAUGAGGAUUCCUUUAGACAAGCAAGACAAACUUCAUGGCUGCCUGGAACAUCUCUUUAACCAGGUUGAUGCAAUCAAUGCACUUCUAAAAGGACCAGUAAUAACUAAGGCCUUCGAAGAAACCAAGCACUUUCCAAUGGACCACAGUUUACAAGAAUUCAAACAGAAGGAAGAAUCCACAGUUAGGUGCCGGAAUAAUAUUCAAGCCAGCAUUCAAGAAGAUCCAUGGAACCUUCCGUUGCGCAUCAAGAACCUUGUUGAAAUCAUACAAAAACAUGUGGAAGAUGGGAAGAAUCAGCUGCUUUUGGCAUUGUUAAAAUGCACAGAUACUGAGCUACAGCUGAGACGUGAUUCCAUCUUCUGUCAGUCCCUCGUGGCUGCUAUUUGCACCUUUUCAGAGCAGUUACUGGCUGCUCUCAACUAUAGAUACAACAACAACGGGGAAUACGAAGAGAGCAGCAGAGACGCCAGCAGAAAAUGGCUGGAACAGAUUGCAGCCACUGGUGUUUUACUGAACUACCAGUCUCUUCUCUCCCCCACUGUGAAGGAGGAGCGUACCAUGCUGGAAGACAUCCAGGUCACUCUGACUGAACUGGACAAAGUUGCCUUCUACUUCAAGCAGCUGGAUGAAAGUCUUGUAGCAAAUACUCAUGUCUUCUACCACAUUGAAGGAAGUCGCCAGGCCCUGAAGGUUAUCUUUUAUCUUGACAGCUACUACUUCUCCAAACUGCCUUCUCGGUUUCAGAAUGGGGGAAGCUUGAAACUGCACACGGUGCUCUUCACAAAAGCUCUGGAGAGUAUAGAGGGGCAACCACAACCAGCCAGCUCAUCUCUAGAAGAACUUCCACAGCAAAUUAAUGGUAUUUCACUUGAAAAAGUGCAGCAAUACUACCGUAAACUCAGGACAUUUUACCUAGAGAGAUCAAACUUGCCCACUGAUUCCAAUACUACUGCAGUAAAGAUUGACCAGCUGAUUCGCCCCAUUAAUGCAAUGGAUGAGCUGUGUAGGCUGAUGAAGUCUUUCAUUCAUCCCAAACCAACACAGUCAGGAUGUUCCAGCAGCAACCCAUCAGGAGCUGGCCUGCUGCCCAUAUCCUCUGAGCUCUGUUACCGACUUGGAGCCUGUCAGAUUACUAUGUGUGGCACUGGGAUGCAGAGAAGUACACUGAGUGUCUCCCUGGAGCAAGCAGCCAUUCUGGCUCGAAGUCAUGGACUUCUGCCCAAGUGCAUCAUGCAAGCUACAGACAUCAUGCGAAAGCAAGGACCAAGAGUUGAAAUAUCUGCCAAGAAUCUGAAAGUGAUGGACCAAAUGCCACAGUGUGCUCCUCGACUCUAUAGGUUGUGCCAGCCACCUACGGAUGGGGAUUUAUAG